CACCGUUUCCGCGCCCACCUCGUCCAGCAUCCAUUGGCCAGUCAACUAUGUCGGAAAUGAAGUACGGCAACAUCCCAACCAACUUCAAGGCACAACCGGAGAAUAGACAAUACGAAAACAUCGAGCUAGUCAAGCAGCCUACGCAGUACAGAAACAGGACGAACAUGACGACGAACCCACCACUUCAUGCACCACCCAGACCUGCAUCGUCAAUAUACUCGGAGCAAUUGGUGAUGAAACCUUGGAUCCGGAAUAAUGGGCCUAAUGGUACUCUGAGUUACGCCAUCGAUCAAACGAUCGAGAACGUCCAAGGAUAUUCAGGACCACCGUUGAACCGAGCUCACUCAAUCACCACCCUUGUUCCGCCCAUUGUACCUGAUACGUACGCACACCAUGACCAAGAAUCCAUCUACGAGCCUGCCGACGAGAGGCCUGAAUGGGAAUUCCCAUCAGAUGCAUCAUCUCACCAUGGGAACACUGAACAAGACGAGUUCGAGAGGAGCAUGAACAGAGCAAAGGCAAUGGAUUUCCUUGAGGGUGGAGAAGGCAAUGUGUCACAUCGUCGUGCGGCAACAGAUCAAGAGUACAUUCCACAAAGACUACAGCCUGGUGAGCAAGGUCGAUCGACAGCACCGCCUGAAGAAUCUCGACUAGGUAGCAUUCAAGGUCUUCGCAAAAUCAGAAAUUGAGGCAUUCGAAUUCAAAUUGAUUUGUGAGAUCAAUAUGAUUGGAAUCGAGCUUGGCUGGCUACUGGAAACGACUUGGUUUCUUUCAAACAGCCAUGACUCUCCAGAACUGCUAUGCAAAUGGAAGAGCUGAAGGACGAAGUUAUAACAAGCGCAAG